AUGCAUGCAUGUGGCCAAUCUGGCAAAAUCUUCUACCUCUGUAGCAUCUGCGAUCUUGUGGUCCAUAAGGAAUGCACUUGGUUACCUCGCCAGGUCAAAAUACCACUGCACCAAUACCGCCUCGAGCUCACUUGGAGCUUUGAGGACAUUUACCCAAAAAACCAACAUUUCUGUGAUCUUCGCUUUAAAAAUUUGGAUGGAAAAGAAGAAUCGAUAUCGUCAUGCCGUUUCCUUCUCCACAUAAUUUGCGCUCAAUUACCUCAAAAGAGGCAUCUCCUACUUCACUGGCACCAGCUCACACUCAUUCCGAGGGCUUCUUCUAUUGACGGCGUGUUUAGGUGCUACAUGUGCAAUGGGUUUAGCCAGGGCUUCGGAUACCAUUGUGAUAAUAUAUUGACGGAUGUAACAUCUACUUUAUCAAGGAGGAAGGCUUCUACCUUGACCUUCACUGCAGUAUUCUUUGGGAAUAUAAAACAGGGUGGAACGUGUAUGGGUUGUGGUACUUCUGGGCACAUUGCUUGGUUCAGUUGUACUAGAUUUACAUGCAACUUCAAUCUUUGUAAUCCAUGUGUAAAAUUACCUCCCACAGCCAGGUACAUAUACGAUGAUCACCGACUGAAGCUCACCUAUGGUAAUGUUAAAGACAAGCUUGAUGAACAUUACUGUGAAAUAUUCCAAGGACCACGAAAUCCCAAAUAUUGGUUCUACUCCUGCUCAGAUUGUGACUUUGAUUGUCAUCCUCACUGCGUGCUAAACUGGCAUUCGCAAGUUAAGUUAGGGGAAGCAUAUAAGCAUGACACUCACCCACACCCUGUUACUCUUGUUGAGAAGAGAAAGAGUUCCAUUCCCUUUGAUAAGAGAGAGCACAUUCUUCCUUUUUAA